CUGAGGCGCAUUUCUAAGCAGUUAUUGUGGUGUAGUCCCAAAGUCAAGAUGCACGCACGAAACCUCCCUUUGGCGCUCCUGCUUGCAUGUUGGGCCGUUACGUCCUGCGAAGCCUCUCUGUCCAUUGGUGGCUUAGUAGGUGGCUUGGCGGUUCUGAAGGGCGCGGCGCUGGUCGGUUACGCGGUGGAGCGUCACCAGCGUUACAACAGGGGACACUACCACGGCCGUUCUCACUAUCACGGAGGCUAUAACGGGAGAAGACACUAUCGCUACGGCCGUUCCGUCGAUCCCGACACCGAAGAUGCUGAUGAAGGCCAAAACUUGCUCCUGUCCACCGUGGGACAGCUCGACCCUGACGGAUGCAUCCUCAAGAUGCUAUGCCACCUCCAGACGAGGAGUCACUCCAGCCUCACGCCAGAGGAGAACAUCCUCGUCGACAUGUUUUCCAACAACACCGAGACUAUGUCCUCCUACAACGCCGCCUUCGUCUACGCCACGGACGUCGGCACCAAGACCCGCGACCCGUCCGUCUGCAAUGGCCUCUUCCCCAAAUGUUCCCUCAAGGAAGAGCAGCUGAGCGGCCUCCUUCGGAGAGUCUGGGGCUGCGCCUCAGACCUCUUCCGAGAUGUUGAGCUCGAGGAGGACUUCAGUGCCACUCCGCGCGCUGAACAACGCGUAGCCGAGGAACAGCCUGUCGAUGAGGAGCCUCGAGAAGAACAACCCUUGGACGAAGAGCAACCCAUAGUUGACUAUGUCGAUGACGAAGAAUUACCCACUGAUGAUGGCCUACCAAAGAUUGAUAAAAUGUUCCUUGAUAAUGGAAUGCCCCAACAUGUUGAAAUGUUGCCCCUAGUUGAGAUGCCCCAAAUUGCUGAAAUGGUGCUUGAUAACGGAAUGCCCCUAGUUCAGUUGCCCCGAACUGUUGAAAUGUUGCCCCUAGUUGAGAUGCCUAGAAUUGCUGAAAUGGUGCUUGAUAAUGGAAUGCCCCUAGUUGAGAUGCCCCAAAUUCCUGAAAUGGUGCUUGAUAAUGGAAUGCCCCUAGUUGAGAUGCCCCAAAUUCCUGAAAUGGUGCUUGAUAAUGGAAUGCCCCUAGUUGAGAUGCCCCAAAUUCCUGAAAUGGUGCUUAAUAAUGGAUUGUCCCUAGUUGAGAUGCCCCAUAUUCCUGAAAUGGUGCUUAAUAAUGGAAUGUCCCUAGUUGAGAUGCCCCGAAUUGCUGAAAUGGUGCUUGAUAAUGGAAUGCCCCUAAUUGAUAUGCCCCAAAAUGAUGAAAUGGCCAUAGAAGAAUAGCGCCUAAUUAUGGAAUAAUCAAUAUACAGUAUUGAGAUCGGUAGCUAUGUAUUAGGAAAAUAUAUUCAGCGAAAUAAA